AUGCCGCCAGCACCCUCUGCCGAUUUCUCGAAGCUUCCCCAAGAGGGUGUCUGGCAUGUGUUAGAGCCGCCAUGCAGCCUCGCGACAACUCCAAACGGUGAUUACCGGGCCUAUUCGCACCUGAACUCCAAACUUGCUUUCAAAGCGGCGAUGACCCCGAGGGCAAAGAUCAUCGAGGACCUGUUGGGCCCUAUCCAGCCUCAGUGCAAGUUCUGUGACCGACACCGCGGAUAUGCAGAACAUCUUGGUGCUGACAAGCACUGGAGAGCUCUGUAUCCACAGUACACCGGCGAGGGAGUCGUCAUUGCCGGAGUGCGGCCCUUGGCUUGGAACAAGUGGCGUGUCGCCGCUGGGUUUGUUCGUAUCAACGAGCUGGAUGGAACUAUAGAAAUCGCUCGGGGCUCUCGCGAUCCCGACCUGACGGACUCUCCAGCAGAGCCCACACCAGCACAAGCAACGCCGGAUCCUUGGGUGAACUAUUCCGGCCUGCAUCAGCCGCACCCACAAUCCAUGCAGCCGGCGGCUUUCCCAUCACAGCCUCCACACGGACAACCUCCGCUGGAUCGCUGGGCCAAUUCCUCAGGCGUACAACAUCAGCCUUGCCAGCAGCCACAGUCGCUGCAUCCCCCACAGCCGUCGCAGAUGCAGCACCAGCACCAGCACCAGCACCAGCACCAGCACCAGCACCAGCACCAGCACCAGCAACAGCAGCAAGCACACCCGGCAGGUUUCCCAACCGCGUACUCACCUGCGCCACCUGCCCUGGAUCCGAAUUCUUCAGCAUCAGGCGUACAUCAGGCUUACCAGCAGCAGCAAUCGCUGCACCCAACGAAGCCGGCACAGCCGGCGGCUUUUCCAGCAGAGCCCCCAUCCGCACAGCCUACGCUGGAUCCUUGGGCCAUUUCUGCGGGCGUACCUCAGCCCUACCAUCAGCCACAGUCGCUGCAGCCACAGCAGCCGCAGCAGCUACCGCCGCCGUGGCAACAG